GGGAGGCGCGAGCCCGCGGCCCGAGGGCGAGGCGGCGGCGCGGCGGCCGGGCCCGCAGCCAUGGAGAACGCGCACACCAAGACGGUGGAGGAGGUGCUGGGCCACUUCGGCGUCAACGAGAGCACCGGGCUGAGCCUGGAGCAGGUCAAGAAGCUCAAGGAGCGCUGGGGCGCCAACGAGUUACCGGCUGAAGAAGGAAAAACCUUACUGGAACUUGUGAUUGAGCAGUUUGAAGACUUACUAGUUAGAAUUUUAUUAUUGGCAGCGUGUAUAUCUUUUGUUUUGGCUUGGUUUGAAGAAGGUGAAGAGACAAUUACUGCCUUUGUAGAACCCUUUGUAAUUUUACUUAUAUUAGUAGCCAAUGCAAUUGUGGGUGUAUGGCAGGAAAGAAAUGCUGAAAAUGCCAUUGAAGCUCUUAAGGAGUAUGAGCCUGAAAUGGGCAAAGUGUAUCGACAGGACAGAAAGAGUGUACAGCGAAUUAAGGCUAAAGACAUAGUUCCUGGGGAUAUUGUAGAAAUUGCUGUUGGUGACAAAGUUCCUGCUGAUAUAAGAUUAACUUCCAUCAAAUCCACUACUCUAAGAGUUGACCAGUCCAUUCUCACAGGUGAAUCUGUCUCUGUCAUUAAGCACACUGACCCUGUCCCUGACCCACGUGCCGUCAACCAAGAUAAGAAGAACAUGCUCUUUUCCGGCACCAACAUUGCUGCUGGAAAAGCUAUGGGAGUGGUGGUGGCAACGGGAGUUAACACUGAAAUUGGCAAGAUCCGGGAUGAAAUGGUGGCGACAGAACAGGAGAGAACACCCCUCCAGCAGAAACUGGAUGAGUUUGGGGAACAGCUUUCCAAAGUCAUCUCCCUUAUUUGCAUUGCCGUCUGGAUCAUAAACAUCGGGCAUUUCAAUGACCCUGUCCACGGAGGCUCCUGGAUCAGGGGCGCCAUUUACUACUUUAAGAUUGCAGUGGCCCUGGCUGUAGCUGCCAUUCCUGAAGGCCUGCCUGCUGUCAUCACCACCUGCUUGGCUCUCGGAACUCGCAGAAUGGCAAAGAAAAAUGCCAUUGUUCGAAGCCUGCCGUCCGUGGAAACCCUUGGUUGCACUUCUGUUAUCUGCUCAGACAAGACGGGUACGCUGACAACGAACCAGAUGUCAGUCUGCAGGAUGUUCAUUCUGGACAAAGUUGAUGGUGACACUUGUUCCCUUAAUGAGUUCACCAUAACUGGAUCAACAUACGCACCGAUUGGAGAAGUGCAUAAAGAUGAUAAACCAGUGAAAUGCCAUCAGUAUGAUGGUCUUGUAGAAUUGGCAACAAUUUGUGCUCUUUGUAAUGACUCUGCUUUGGAUUACAAUGAGGCUAAAGGUGUGUAUGAAAAAGUCGGAGAAGCUACAGAGACUGCUCUCACUUGCCUGGUAGAGAAGAUGAAUGUAUUUGAUACCGAAUUGAAGGGUCUUUCUAAAAUAGAACGAGCAAAUGCCUGCAACUCGGUGAUUAAACAAUUGAUGAAAAAAGAAUUUACUCUGGAGUUCUCACGUGAUAGAAAAUCAAUGUCGGUUUACUGUACACCAAACAAGCCCAGCCGCACAUCCAUGAGCAAGAUGUUCGUGAAGGGCGCUCCUGAAGGUGUUAUUGACAGGUGUACCCACAUUCGAGUUGGAAGUACUAAAGUCCCCAUGACCCCUGGAAUCAAACAGAAGAUCAUGUCUGUCAUUCGGGAAUGGGGUAGUGGCAGCGACACGCUGCGGUGCCUGGCCCUGGCCACUCACGACAGCCCGCUGAAAAGAGAAGAAAUGAACCUUGAGGACUCUGCCAACUUCAUUAAAUACGAGACCAACCUGACCUUCGUGGGCUGUGUGGGCAUGCUGGACCCUCCAAGGAUUGAAGUGGCCUCCUCUGUGAAGCUGUGCCGUCAAGCAGGCAUCCGGGUCAUCAUGAUUACGGGGGACAACAAGGGCACUGCGGUGGCCAUCUGUCGCCGCAUUGGCAUCUUCGGGCAGGAUGAGGAUGUGACGUCAAAGGCUUUUACAGGUCGGGAGUUCGACGACCUCAAUCCUUCUGCGCAAAGAGAUGCCUGCUUGAAUGCCCGCUGCUUCGCUCGGGUUGAACCCUCCCACAAGUCUAAAAUUGUAGAAUUUCUUCAGUCUUUUGAUGAGAUUACAGCUAUGACAGGGGACGGUGUGAAUGAUGCUCCCGCCCUGAAGAAGGCCGAGAUUGGCAUUGCCAUGGGCUCUGGCACUGCGGUGGCUAAAACUGCCUCUGAGAUGGUCCUGGCGGACGACAACUUCUCCACCAUCGUGGCCGCUGUGGAGGAGGGGCGGGCCAUCUACAACAACAUGAAGCAGUUCAUCCGCUACCUCAUCUCCUCCAACGUGGGGGAAGUUGUCUGCAUUUUCCUGACAGCAGCCCUUGGAUUUCCUGAGGCUUUAAUUCCUGUGCAGCUGCUCUGGGUCAACCUGGUGACAGACGGCUUGCCUGCCACCGCGCUGGGCUUCAACCCGCCCGAUCUCGACAUCAUGAAUAAGCCGCCCCGGAACCCAAAGGAGCCGCUGAUUAGCAGGUGGCUCUUCUUCCGUUACCUGGCCAUCGGCUGUUACGUUGGCGCUGCUACCGUGGGUGCUGCUGCGUGGUGGUUCAUUGCUGCCGACGGUGGUCCCCGAGUGUCCUUCUACCAGCUGAGUCAUUUCCUGCAGUGUAAGGAGGACAAUCCAGACUUUGAAGGAGUGGAUUGUGCAAUCUUUGAAUCCCCGUAUCCGAUGACAAUGGCGCUCUCUGUUCUAGUAACCAUAGAGAUGUGCAACGCCCUCAACAGCUUGUCUGAAAACCAGUCCCUGCUAAGGAUGCCUCCUUGGGAGAACAUCUGGCUGGUGGGCUCCAUCUGCCUGUCCAUGUCUCUCCACUUCCUCAUCCUCUAUGUGGAACCCCUGCCGCUUAUCUUCCAGAUCACACCGCUGAAUUUGACCCAGUGGCUGAUGGUGCUCAAAAUUUCCUUGCCUGUGAUCCUAAUGGACGAGACACUCAAGUUUGUGGCCCGCAAGUACCUGGAGCCUGGUAAAGAGUGUGUGCAGCCUGCCACCAAAUCCUGCUCGUUCUCGGCAUGCACCGAUGGGAUUUCCUGGCCGUUCGUGCUGCUCAUAAUGCCCCUGGUGGUCUGGGUGUAUAGCACAGACACUAACUUUAGUGAUAUGUUCUGGUCUUGACUGACAGUUUUACAUAAAGAAGAUGUUUAACUUAAUCAAUUAAUUUUUUUAUUGUUUAAAGCAACUGUCUAUUUCUGCUGAAUUUUCACAUGAACAUAUUGGCUGGUGAAGGAGGUUUCAUACUCUAGAUUUUGUUUUGCUUUUUCUGACUCCAGUGGGGCGAGAUUUUUCCUUUUUUAUACACAUAAUUAAAGUGUCCAUUGACAUGUACAGAGAACUAACACUAUUUUAUGCAAAUAUUUUUUUGUAGAUGAAAAAGCAUGUACAGUGUUCUGUUUAAUACUCAUCCUUGUAUAAAAAAAAAUAGUUGAGCCAGCAGACAUUGUCAGCAAAUUAAUUGGCAGCAGAUUUUAGGAAAUGAAUGUGUGUGUUUUUUUCUAAAACUAAAUAGCAUGUAUUGUCUCUUGCAUGAUCAUCUGGGUUUAAUCUGAGAUCACAGUCUAAUUUUUAUUCAUAAGCCAAUUUUUCUGCACUGAGCAGAGUCCUGCUACCUCAGUCAGUAUUUUUUGGUUUGCCGCUCCCUCACCCUUCUCAGCCCGAUUCACCUCCACCCACACCCCGAAACCCCCGCUCGGCUGCUUCUCCUGUAGGGUUCCGAUGGUUCUGUUUACACCCGUCUCCACCCGAGGUAUGCCUGUUCUCGCUUGUGCAGAAAACAUUGUUCCAGAUUCAAUCAAAUGGGUUCAUGGCCCCUCAAGUAGUUUUUAAGGUUAUUUAUUUAAAUGUCUAAUGUAUUUUAUUGUACCAGACAUUGUUUUGCCAACAUUGCCUAUUUCAGUGGCACUUAACGAUCUAGUUUUCAAAAGAAAAAUAAAACAUUUUAAAUGGACAGAGAAAAAUAACGGUCUUUUUUUAACUCCUAAAUGGCUUAGCUUCAACUCUCAACAGAUGUGUCCACUUUCUCCUCAAGUUCUUAGAACUUUAGUUUUGCUGUGCUCCUGGGGAAGAAGGAUCCUGUUCUGCUGCAUAGGUAGUUGUAGGAGUGUUGUUUUAAUGUCUAGGCACCACUUGUCAUCCAUGAUACGUUUUAUGCAGACCUGUUUUGGCCUGGUGUAGAGGACAUAAGGGCAAGUGUGUGUGCGUGUAUGUGUUUUGUAAAAUCUGUAAAUAGCACAUGACCAAAUGAACAUAUUGUAUAGAACUAUUUUUAUUUGACUGUGGUACUAACCGCCACCAUCAUUACUACGGUAAAUGUUUGCGCAUGUUUGAGAUCAGUCUUACCAACAGUGUAUGUCAUUAACAGUCCUAACCGUGGUGUUUUUCUCCAAUGCCUUCCAACAUCCAUCACCUAACGUGAGUAUUCUCUUCCCUGGAAUUGGGGCGAUGCUUUACCCUAAAGGGGACCGCCACCCGCUGAGCUGCCUGUAAGAUACUAAGUGGCAGGCGUAGGCGGCACAGCACCACGCACAAGGGGCAGGUGAACUGACCUGGGAUGUGGUUGCCUCUUGGCACACAGGCAGAUGGCAGAAGAGAAGCUGGUUCUAUUUUGGUCAGACUGACAGGUUAAAGGAGCGAGAUGAGGGAGGGAGGGUUCACAAAAACCGGUGUUAUUUUGAGCUUUGUUGGCUGCAAGGACUCAUUCCAGAACCUUUUGCUGCCUGUUCAGUAAAAAAGCAAUUAACUAAUGACCGGCCGCAAGUACAGUCGAACCAGUGAGCCCACAUCCGUAGGUUUUCUUGAAUAGUCUUUUCUCACCUUCUGGGGCAUCACAUCCUCUGCAGCUGAAACCUGUCUUCCCUCCAGGGUGUGGUAGCAGGGUUACUAGGGCACGACUCCUUUUCGCCGGCAGUCAGGCAGUGCUGUGUCUUCGUGGGCUGGCAGCCCCCCAGGGUCCCUUUAACUGGUUACUGGGCCAGUCAGAAGAUGUGAUAGAAAUGCUUGGGGUUUGGGGACAAAUGAAUGGGCAUCAAGCAGGACAGAGGGAUGCUGCCACGUGCAGGGCUCCAAGGUGUGGGAGAUGGAAGUGGAAUGUGGAGACUGACUCUGCCCAGCCCUGGCCUGGUUUAUUGCGACCUCAGAGAGGAUGGCAGUUUGGCUUGGCAGAGUGCAGGGGGGGCUAGAUUUUAACACUGGAGCAUCAUGAGGCACAAAAAGGAGCAAAUUGAGCGGAUUCUAGGCAAGGAAAGUAUCUUGACUGCAGACAAACACAGAAUGUUGAGUUUUUUGGGUGGAGCAUUGGUGGAUGGAAACCAAAUUUAGUUCCUGAGUCAAUUCCUUGAUUCAGUGGCCUUUACAAAAUAAGUUGAAUGGCAUGGGCUGCUGAGAGAUGGGCACCCUCCUGGGUGGCCCUGGACCAGCUGUCACCCCGUAGGCUCUCAGCUUCAGGCCUGUCCAGCUAACAGGGGUGGGAGGGUGGUUAGGAUGUGCCCACCCUCCCACCCCACCCCCAACCAAGAUCACACAGCUAAGUGUGGGGAAGACCCACCUACCUUCCGCCAGAGUCCCUUCGUCCAUUCCACCGCAGGUAUUGCCAGCCGAAGACACGUACGUCAGUGUUGCUCCUCAGCUUUUGUGCUGCGCUGGGCACAUCCCUGCAGGAAGGGGUUGCCAACCUGUUUUGUGUCAAUUCACUGGACAGGGCAGCACCGCCUCGGACCCAGCCUGUAAGCGCUGCUCGCAGCACUCACUCAAAACUUACUAUAGUUUCUUUGCUGAGAGACAGGUGGGCCUUUGGCCCACCCCACCAGAGGCUUCGGCUUUGGGCUGCUCCAGGCCUUGCCCUUGGCUGUGCAGAUGGGCUCUAGCAGCUCAACGUCCGCACAAUGCUGCACUUGUUCUGUAGCUCCCCAACAGCAGCUGCCAGCCUCCCUGGCAAGCAGCUGCUGUCACAUCAUCCUCACACUGUGGCCCGAGCCCCCUGAACAUCCUGCGGAGGGCGGACCACAAGCCUUAGCCUGGGAUCUGACGAGCACCCACCCACCGUCCAGAGCCCGCCGCAUCUGCGGUGUCGUGAGCACAUCAGCCGUCGCCGCCUUCACUACCACGUUCUGCAAAACCAACACCUUGUAGUAAUAAUGAGGGUAAAUCUCUAGCCUUCUCUGAACUAGAUGGUCAAGCAGUGCCACCGCUGUUCCCCUUGUAGGCGUGGGCAGGGCUGGACCCCAGGAAAGGGCGGGGUGGGACGUAGUACAGAGAGAGAACGGGAAGGUUCUGUGCUAACUGCCACACUGCUCACUUGUGUGUCGUCCUUACUCCGCACUGCUAAUUGAGAACUUUGCUUUUCUUGCCCAUCCUACGUCUGCUGCGCCUGUCUGCCUGGUGGGCCUGUCCCGUGAGUCGGGAGAGCUGGGUCUGUAGCCAGCACGUCUAGACGCUACCCAGCACAGGCAGCGCCUCAGGGCCAGUUAAUCAGAUGUGCCGGUCUUGAAAUCUCGAAAGAUCAAAGUGCAUAUUCCUUUUCAUCUGUCACUGUUAAUCUUAUUAGUCUUAGUUACUCUAACAUUUCCUCCCCAUGUUUCAUAAAGCUGAUUUCCUCUCUCUUUCCUUUUCAGCGAUACUGGAGUAACCGCUUCCUAAACCAUUUUGCAGAAAUAUAAGGGUGUUCGGUUGCGUGCAUGUGCGUUUUUAGCAACACAUCUACCAGCCCUCUGCAUGAUAGAGGUUGGGGAAAAAGAAAAGUAGAAAAAAAGUCCCCAACUCAUUGUGUGUUAUGUGGAGGAAACGUGUAUUGCCAGUGGGGUUUUUAGCUUUUAAAUCAGAAUUACAAAUGUACAAUUUAGUUGAAUCAGAGCCUCUCCAGAGAAUUUUGGUUUCUUUGCUGCAAGAAGAAUAAGGUUCUGAAACCUUAUUCAAGAACUUAGAAGCCAUCAUCAGCCAAGGCUCCAUAUUUCUCUGUGCAAAAUGUCAUAGCUUAUAUAAAUGUUCAAUAUUCAGUUGUAAUGCAUGCCUUCAAUUGUAAGUAGCCAGAUUUCUCUACACUGUCAAUGAAAAAUGCUACUUUUUAAUUGGCCCUGUACAGUUUGCUUAUUUAUAAAUUUGAUGAAAACACUACAGGUGUUCAAUGGUUAAAAUGUAGGCCUCCAGUUCUUAACUUCAGUUAUUUUUUGAGUGUGCAAACAGCUAUUUUGCACUGUAUUAAAUGUAACUUAUUUAAUGAAAUCAGAAGCAGUAGACAGAUGUUGGUGCAAUACGACUUGUGAUGCAUUUAUCUUAAUAAAAUGCUAAACGUCAAUAUCACAACGCAUGUUUGACUUUAGAUUGUACAUAGAGAUCAACUGUUAUUUCUGUGCUGGUAAGAAGCGCGGCACAGACAUGGUUUCAGGUAAAUAAAUCUAUUCUACGA